GCCACCAACCCCGUGGCUGCCCUGUGCACACUGAGGGGUCCACGUUUUCUUUACUCAUCCCAAACUCUCAGUAGGGCUCAAGAGGACCGUGAAGGUGGCUGGGGUUGGGCCUGAACUGAAGGUCCCGGAAGGAGCGAACCCCCGCCUCCCGCAGCUCUGAGAACCUGAACCACUGGAAAGAAAUCAGGCGCCCAGAAACAGUGUAAAUCUGUUCCUGCGCUAAAACUACCACUCCCAGGAUCCUUCGCGCCCAAGUAGCUUCCUGUCUCAGAGGCCCCGGCCGUUGGGUUCCGGUGGACCUAAAAAACAUGGGCAACAAAGCAUGAUGGGAAAUAGAUUCUGGGAGCAAGAACUGGCGGAAGCGUCUCUGAGAAACACAGUCCACGAGGUGUGCGAGUCACAAAGCUGGAACCUAGAGAAAAACGCUUUGACUAGGAAGAGAGCCCGGAGAUUUCUGGAGAAUGGAGUCUGGUGGGACGAGAGGCAUGUGCGCAUUACCGGAAAUGACGCUAUUCAGGCGCGUCCCGUUUGGCGCGGGAGCAGGACCUGGCAUUUGGCAGUAUCUUCGACUGCAGUUUCUGAGCUCUGGCCCGUAGAGCGGGCAGCGGUUUUUUCACGCGCUGUUCUGCUUGAGACCCAGGCGUUGGUUGCGCCUCGGGCUCCCUAGCCGAGGCCUGGCUGUGGCUGGGGAGACACUGAAAUACCGGCUGGAUAGGCCCUAUCGGAGCUUCCAGGGCCCAGCACCGCAGGCUUAGACCCCGACUCGCAGGGGAGAGGCUGGAGAAAAGAGCCCAAUAGUUGGAGCAGGCCUGCAGAGCGGGGCUGGAGCUGCAGUGAAUCGACGCUGACGCCCAGAGAACUGCUGGAAGGCGGUGGCGCGAGGUGAGACCCAGAUGCUGGAGGAAGGAGCAACAACUUUACAAGGGAUUAUUAUCCCCAUUUUACAGAUGAGAAACAAUGAGACUUAGAGGUUACGUGAUUUGCACACUGCAGAACCUCCUUCUCCAGACACUACACUGAUCCAAGAGGAGAGCACAAGAGAGGAAGGAAUGGUGGCUGGUCUCACAGCGGGGCCCCAUGGAUCCAUGCCUUUCAGCACUAUGACUGUAGCUUUUACCCAUGAAGAGUGGAGCUACUCAGGCCCUGCUCUAAGGGACAGGUCCAAGGAGGGGAGACCAGACAAGGCCAGGAACCUGGUCCUACUGGGACUUCCAGUUUCCCAGCCUGGCAUGAACUCCCAGCUGGAACAACGGGAAGGCCCAUGGAUGCUGGAGGGAAAGGGCCUAAGGAGCACCUGUCCAGACUGGAAGACUGUAUCUAAAUCACCAGAGCAACACAUUUCUGAAGACUCAUUCCAAGACAGAAGUGUAGAGAUGCCGCCUGGAGAGUCAGAUCACAGGAACAGUGAACUGAUGAAAAGCUUCAACCUGAGACCAGUCCUCUCUCCCCAACAGAGAGUUCCUGUGGAAGUGAGACCCCGUAAAGGUGAAACGCAAACAAAGAACUUCAGGAAGACUUCAAGUAUCAUUAAAUCUCACAGAGUGAAACCAUACGCAUGUAAUGAAUGCGGCAAAGCCUUCAGUUACUGUUCUUCCCUUUCUCAGCAUCAGAAGAGCCACACAGGGGAGAAGCCUUAUGAGUGCAGCGAGUGUGGGAAGGCCUUCAGCCAGAGCUCAUCGCUUAUCCAGCACCAAAGGAUUCACACCGGAGAGAAACCUUACAAAUGCAGCGAGUGUGGAAGAGCCUUCAGCCAGAACGCAAACCUCACAAAACACCAGCGAACUCACACUGGAGAAAAGCCCUACAAGUGUACCGAGUGUGAGAAAGCCUUCAGUGACUGUUCGGCCCUGGUCCAGCACCAGAGAAUUCACACUGGAGAGAAGCCCUAUGAAUGCAGCGACUGCGGGAAGACCUUCCGGCACAGCGCCAACCUCACCAACCACCAGAGGACUCACACGGGGGAGAAGCCCUACAAGUGCAGCGAGUGCGGGAAGGCCUUCAGUUACUGCGCAGCGUUUAUUCAGCAUCAGAGGAUCCAUACAGGAGAGAAACCCUACAAAUGUAAGGUAUGUGGGAAGGCCUUCAGCCAGAGCGCAAACCUCACCAACCACCAGAGGACCCACACAGGAGAGAAGCCCUACAAGUGCAGUGAGUGCGGGAAGGCGUUCAGUCAAAGUACAAAUCUCAUCAUCCACCAAAAGACCCACACUGGGGAGAAGCCAUAUCAAUGUAAUGAAUGUGGGAAAUUCUUCAGUGAGAGCUCAGCCCUUAUUCGCCACCACAUAAUUCACACUGGAGAAAAACCCUAUGAAUGCAAUGAGUGUGGAAAAGCAUUUAACCAGAGUUCAUCCCUUAACCAGCAUCAGAGAAUUCACACUGGUGUGAAACCCUACCAGUGCAGCCAGUGUGGGAAGGCCUUCCGGUGUAGUUCGGCUUUCAUCAGACAUCAGAGACUCCAUGCUGGAGAGGAACUGGGAACGUGACCGACAUAGAUGGGGACCCGACAGGUACAUGCACAUACUUUGAAUGCAUCUGGAGACGUCUAACUUAGGAGCCCGGAGCCACGUGCAAAAAGCACCUUUAAUAAAGUCAGAAUUUUACAUGCUGCA